AUGUGGCUUGAUACCAACUCUGACGGUCAGUUACGCGCCAGUUGGCAUGCCUUGGUGUUGAUAGGCAUUGUUGGUCUCGCACUGAGCCAGGUGUGGCUCUACACAAUCCAUAUAUUCCUUGGUUCCUUGACAGGAAUUUGUCUUGUGACCUAUGUGGUUUCACAUAGACCUAAAGUGAAGCCAAAAAAAGACUUGAGCUCACGAUUUCCACGACUGGCGUUCACCUCAGAGUCCGCCUGGUCCAACGAGAUUCGCAAACUGAGCAAAUCGAGCACCAAAGAUUCAGAGGAGCUACUCUUUUCAUCAAGCGCUGCCAUUUCUGGGACUUUAGAGAAAAUCCUGGAGUCUGUAACCACGUCUUUCAUCGAUUCGUGGUUCACCCACAUUACGUCUGAUCGCAGCUUCCCUCUGGAGCUGCAGCAUCAGCUGCGAAUCACGAUUAGAUUAUUGGCCCAACGACUGGAUGAUUUGGACUUGGCUGAGUUUGUCGUCUUGAGAGUGCUGCCACUGGUGACAGAGCACUUUGUGAACUUUCAGAAGGCCGAAGAGAUAGUGAUGAAUAGGCAAAACGUCAUUCUGAACAGAUCCCUGACCAGCUCUUCGGAUUUGGACUACGUAGUGGCAUCAAACUAUAACAAGGGAAAGCUGCAUCCCGUCAUAAAGCUGAAGAAUGUCGAUCUCGACAGUCUCAGGAAGGAAUAUAUAUCUGCCAAAGUUGGCAGACUGCUGCCUGUAUUGUUCUCAAACCAGGAGAUUUCGUCCCCUCCGGUGUUCGUGCUGUUGAGGGAGAUUCUCACAUGCUGCGUGUUGCAUCCGUGUUUAUCCUUGCUCUCUGAGCCUGAUUUUUGGAACCAAACCAUUGUUUCAUCUGCUGGUAAAGUCGUGAGAGACCAAGAUCAGGUGAAGCAAUUUAUGACAGUGCUAGACAAACACUCCAAAAAUCGGCCCGUGGAUACCCUGACGUUGAAGAGAUUGGCUUUAUCCACCGACAACGUUGAAUUCAAAGAGAUCAUCAAAGACGUGAAGCACUGCAAGUCGAUAUUCGAGCUGAAGCAGUACAGAUAUUACCUUUCACUCGAGAUCAACAAAUCUAUAAGGGAGCUGGAGACUCGUCAAACCAGCAACUAUGAUUUAUGGAAAAUUUACAGCAAGCGACUGCAAAUACUGAAACAGGAGACGAAUAACUCCAUAUCGCAACUCUCGCAGAAGGCUGAUCUGCUCAAAUCGAGCGAAGACAGUACAAACUUCAAUCCCAGCACGAUUCCCCGGAACUAUCUUGAGAUGAAGAUAGAUUUUUUGCAGAUUUUGAACAAUCCCAGCCUGCUGAGUUUCUUUAUGGAGUUCAUGGAGCGCAGGAAUAGAACCGUUCUGCUCCAGUUCUGGCUCACGGUGAAUGGGAUUAACGACCCUUUGGAUACACUCAACACAGAAGACUCUUUAUUUCCCAAGACCGAUGCCAUUGAAGAUGACACCGCCCAUUUGGGUCAGACCAAAGACAUAAUCUCCAUUUACAACCAGUUUUUCCAAGAGAAGUUGCUCAAGAUUAACCAGGAUACUUUUGAGACUGUUUCUGAGUUUGUGAAGUCUUGCGAUGGAGACGAAGUCGAUGUCCACCUUUUUACGCUGGCUCGUAAAUCGGUACUUAUAUUACAGAAGGAAGUGUUCAAGAGGAUGAAUAGAACUGACCUGAUAGCAUUCAAGCAAUCCGAGAUCUUCCUCAAGCUUCUGGCAACUGAAGAGUUUAAGACCUCGGACGAUUAUGACAGAUCUGGAUUGGAUAGCGAAGAUCUUGCUUCAAGUUCACACAAUCUUGACAGUAUUAUGCCAACGAAACAGACAGAAGACACCGUUCUGAAGGCCGUGGAGGAAGCAUUGAACGAGAUCAUGACUCAACGCGAGAAGAUCCCCAUGACAGCCAUUGGUUCCGAAGGGUCUUCGCCUGGCUCAUCUGUUGCCGAUUUGCCCAAGAAUGGAAGGUUAUUGACCCCAGAUCUACAGCGAGAGGUGUUCGGAAUGGACAGCUCUACGCUUUUCUCUGAGAUCGGAGAGAACGACAAGUUGUUUGAUUCAGAUACGGAGAACGACGAGGACGAGGACGAUGAGGAUGAUAGAUUAUCUGUUGGGUCUGUGUCAUUGGCGCAGAGUCAGGGACUGACCGUCGCUGCCCCAGGAGAUCUGAACCUAUCGGAAGAAAUUGCCAAAUUGAGCAAAGACGUGGAGAGACUCGAACAGCAGGAAUCCAUUCUGGAACCUCUGAUAAACAAGGCCAUGUUGACGAAUAAUCAGGCCGAGUUGAAGAUCCUGAAGAGAUCGAAACUGGGACUACAGAGAGAGAUUCAGAUGAAAGAUCUACAGAGACAGCAGUACAUCGUCCAGGAAAACGAUAACAGUCUGUUUGGGAAGUCAAAGGUCAGCAUACAGAGCUUCAUCAGUGACGUUGAGAACGAUAAGGGCAAGGAGUUCAUCCUGUAUAUCAUUGAGGUACAGAGACUGUCUACGAAGGAUCCCAGCGUGGUCACUGCUGGCUGGGUAAUUGCCAGAAGGUUCAGUCAAUUCUACAAACUCAACGAGUAUCUGAAAUCGAAAUAUCCAGAAGUGAAAGACCUGCCUUUCCCAUCGAGAAAGGUGGUGCUCAAGUUUCAACAGAAAUCACUGGUUGAGGAAAGAAAGAACCAACUGGAGCAGUAUCUACAGAAGCUGAUCCAGAUGUCGGACGUCUGCUCGGAUCGCCUUUUCAGAUCGUUCUUAUCCUCAAAGGUGUUUUCGCUCGAACUCAAUGCCUCAUUGAAAAGCGAGACAAAGGUCAACAAUAACAGGAAGAACAUUGCAAACAAAAUUUACAGCAGGAUAUCUGCUACUAAUGGCCUUCUGAUGCUCCCAGCCACAUUUGCGUCCGGGUUUGGUGGAUCGUCUGAUGACAAAAAUGGGGAUAAGUCCUACGACGAAAAGUUCAAGGAGAUGAGGCAGGAAUUGACAUCGUUUGAUAACGAUGAAGGAAACGACAACGAGUCCGUGCCUUUCGUUAGACCCAUAUGUGACUUCCUGACGGCUGUGUUCUCGUUCGGACCUGCAGCCAGGAACGGGUGGUUGCGCGGGCGUGCUGUGUUGGUGGUGCUUCAGCAACUACUGGGCUCCACCAUCGAAAAGAUCGCACGAGACUACAUCGGACUGUUAAAGGGUAAGGUAUUCAUCAACGAGUGUCUAACUCUAGUGAAAGAUAAGCUAUGGCCCAAUGGUGACGGUAAUUUCAGGCAAUCUGGAAUUCCCAGGAACCAGGCUGAAAAAACCCAGACGAGACAGGAAGCCAAGGUCUUGCUCGAGCAGAUGAUAGUUGAAAACUGCUCCAAGCUGUUCGGACUAUCGCAUUCAAAGCUUGCCUCCAAUCUGUUCAUGAGGAUGCUGCAGAACGAGAUAUUGAACGUACACCUAGUGUACGAGAUUUUUGACGAGCUUCUCAGGGAGUUGUUUCCAGACGUGCUCGAAGAGUAA